AUGCGCCAAUGGCACUGGAUGGACGGUGAAGCCAUAGAUUCUAUGGAAUCAUUCACGUAUCUUGGCAGUGCCAUACACCGCGAUGGUUUGUCCUCCCAUGACGUCCAGGCCCGCAUUGGCAAGGCAUCCAAAGCCUUUGGUAGUUUGAAACAAGCCGUGUUCGAGAACCGGUCACUGAGUCUGCAGUGUCGUCGUCGCGUGUAUGUUGCCGUGGUGCUCUCUACUCUCCUGUAUGGCGCGGAGACCUGGACAACGAAGGCUCCGGACCUACGGCACCUCAACCUCUUCCACCAUCAAUGUGUCAGAUCUAUCGUUGGAGUGUCGCGACGGCAGCAAUGGGAGACCCACGCAACGUCCACAGCCCAUGCAAAGACCCUUGGAGGGCCUGAGGACACUGGUCACAUCGUUCGGGAACGCCGUUUGCGCUGGCUUGGACACGUGGUACGGAUGGAAGAUCACCGGUUGCCGAAGUGUGUUCUCUUCGGUGAACUGCCUGCCCCGCGCCCCGCGCAUGGUCCACGCAAGAGGCGGAGGGACGUCAUUAUGGAUGACUUUGCGUCGGUUGAUCCACCGGUACCAACAUGUGGAUGGUACGAUGCAACCCAGAACCGUCUGGAGUGGCGUGCCAUUGCCCGUCGACCACCCAAGGCACCCUCUGCUGCUGACUACGGUUGCGCCUGCGGCCUCAUGUUCCGUCGAAGCGGAGACCUGAAACACCAUCAGUCAUUCUGUCGUGGACUGGAGAAACAGCAAUGCGCUAUCAUUGCUACGCAAUGGGCAAGAACCGGCACAGGUAUCGUGCACACCGGACGUGACCAGGCUGGAGCUUCGGCACCAAGCAGCGCUCGUGCUAUCGCAUUGAAGUGGCCGCUUAAUAAGCCGGUGCACUCGGAUCCGCCACCGCAGCCGGUGAUCACUAGCGUGGAGAGCACGGACAACGCCGUCACGUACAGCUGGACAUUGCUGAGCGACGGCGAGGGCAAUGGCGGCGCGCGGACACCGUUCGUUACCGAGGUGUCGGUUGUGAGUCAUGACUUCAUGUACGGCAAGCGUGUGCUCUCCGGCGAGACUUCCGUCUCGUUCGACAACCUGCAGCCGCACCAGCAGCACCGGAUCACGGUUACGACGAAGCGUGGAUCGCAGACCCGGUCAAGCCAGAGAACAGUCCUCACAACAAGUCUGGAUGUCAAAUGUCCACCGGUGAUUGACGUCGCACUGAAGGCAUAUGCGUUCUAUGCCCACCGGGCACCACCGACGGCGUACAGCAUGCGUGCAAAGUGCAACACGACCAUUCCAGUAGCCGACGUGCACAUCCAGGCACCCGACUUCAUCAAGGCGCGUGGAACGAACAGCUCACCGAAGGCCCACAAUCACAUUCGCCUGUCAAACCGUCGCAACCACCAAGUCAUGCCUCUCAAGGAUGACCAGCAUUGUAUACGUGUCGGUGCUGCACAAAAGCAACCGGUGCAGUCGUGCUUCAAACUCAAUGUUACCCGACCUCUAACAGCAGUAAUCCAGGAUGUGCUGUGCCGCUUCCGGAACUGUUCGGCAAUGGGAGUGUCCACGACGAGCGGUGCGAAUUCAGGGACGCGCAGGAUCCUAGGCUGCUUCGUCACCGGCUAUCCACUGCCGCGCAACGACCAGGUGCAGUGGACGUACGACGGCGAGCAGCUGUCCCCUCGCGCACACGCGUCCUGGGUGCGUCGAGUGCUGGGCUGCCGUGCCAUCAAGCACCAUGGCGAGGACGUGCGGCUCUGCAAGGUGAAAGUGAGCGCCGCCAGCUUCCUGGGUGUCAACCCGCGCCUGCUUCGGUGCAGUGCACACAACGACCACGGCAACACCGCACAGACCAUUGGCACGUCUAGCCUGCUAAACAGAACAGAACUUCAUCACAAUGUCUAAAGGAAUACUUCAGGCAACAUUAUAUACAAGAAAUCACCCAAUCAGUACUAUUUAAUCUGAACUAGAAUUUUACUAUUCCAUCAUGACAUCAUCCACAGAUCUCUAUCGUUAAUCCUUCAUAAAAUAUUCCCGGUACCUCACUAUCAGGCACUCACGCCACUGAUUGGCGUGAUCGCAUACUUAUCUCAUGUGUUAUGGUUUCAAGAAGUAUCCACAUAAUCAUUGUUUCAGCUGUUUUUCCUCCAGUUUGAUGAACAGCAUAAGCCUUUCAAAACAAGUACUGGCCCGCAAGCUCCGGCCCACAACUCA